AAAAGACUCGCACUGUGUGCGCGAGGGAGCUGUCAGCUAUACUCGCGGUAGGCGCUGGAUGGGCUCGUGCGCUCUGCGCUCAUUAACACCGUAGCUCGGCGCGCGACCACUGGGACACGUCGCUCUAGGAUCGGAAGGACCGCGCGACACUACCUGUGUGCACUCGCGCAGAUACAGCCAUCACAAAGCUCGCGGCAAAGAAGCAAACAUCCGCCUUCUGUUGUAAACGGCGAACACCAGCAGAGAUAGCAAAGUCGCAGGUGCGUUCUUUUUAUUACUACUUACAGAAAUAAGCACCACGCUGAAAGACAUGAUCCAGAACCACGGGUUAAAGUUGCUUUGAAAAAUUUCGAAGAGACACCCGGAGACUAACCAGCCGCUCGCUUCUGAUAACGAGACUACAUGAUUCAUUAUUUUGGAAAAUAGCGUACUUUUGGUCACAACUCGAACCAGAAACGGAGAUCCUAACGCGCGGAAAGAUGUCCAGGAAAAGGACGAGCAAAGGCCGGGCGGGAAGCAGCAGCACACCCAGCUCGCCGAACAACAACACAGAGGGCGGCAAAAGUGGCAAAGGUGCGGGCGCCCCGGGUCAGAGCAACGGCGCGGUGCACCCCAGCCGGCCGUCUCUCAGCAACAGUGGCGAGUUCUACGACCUUGCUUUCAAAGUGAUGCUGGUGGGAGACUCUGGCGUGGGGAAGACCUGUCUGCUGGUGCGCUUUAAAGACGGAGCCUUCCUGGCCGGCAGCUUCAUCUCCACCGUGGGCAUCGACUUCAGGAACAAGGUGCUGAGCAUUGAUAGUGUGAAGGUGAAACUGCAGAUCUGGGACACAGCGGGGCAGGAGCGGUUCAGGAGUGUGACUCAUGCCUACUACCGUGAUGCUCAUGCCCUUCUCCUCCUGUAUGAUGUCACCAAUAAAGCCUCCUUCGACAACAUCCAGGCGUGGUUAACUGAGGUUCAUGAGUUUGCCCAGAAGGAUGUGGUGCUAAUGCUCCUGGGGAACAAGUGGACCAGGCGGAAAAUGUGGAUCCUGUCCCGUAAUACAUGA